CACAGUAAUGUUCUACUAGCGUCACUUCACUGUUAGGUUAACUGUACGGUUUUAUCGUUAUAAUAUAAAGUGCAUGACUACAUUAGGUUGGUUAUCUGGUCUGAAUCGUCUGGUUUUCACUCUCCCAGUUCUCUCCCAGUUCACCCCAGCGCAGUUGAGUGUUUUUUCGCGUCUUGAGUCUGUCUCCCCCUCCUGUCUCGAUCCUCGGUGUCUCUCCUCGAUUAUUUUCCACUCAGUUUCUCGCAGUGUUAAAAUGGCGGCGUUGAGCAGCGCCGAGUCCCCACCGCCCGUCUUCAACGGAGACCCCAUGGACCGCGAUGCGGAGCGGGAGGCCGGGCUGGAGGAGCUGGGCACGGGGCUGGCCUCCACCUGCUCCGGGGGGAUCCCCGAGGCUCAGCAGGACAUUCCCGAGGAGAUAUGGAACAUCAAACAGAUGAUUAAGCUGACUCAAGAGCACAUAGAGGCACUUCUGGACAAGUUUGGCGGUGAACACAACCCUCCGUCCAUAUACCUGGAGGCUUAUGAAGAGUAUACCAGUAAGCUUGAUGCGCUGCAACAGAGGGAGCAGCAGCUGCUGGAGGCAAUCGGAAACGGAACCGAGUUCUGCUCCUCUCCCACCCCCAGCCCGCUGGAGAUGAAGCUAGUGGCUUCACAAAGUCUCCCUGCUGCCCCAAAUACCCUGGCUGUGCUGCAGACCCCCACCGACGCUGCCCGCGGCAACCCUCGCUCACCCCAGAAACCCAUCGUCAGAGUCUUUCUGCCCAACAAACAGAGGACAGUGGUCCCGGCGCGCUGCGGGAUGACCGUAAGGGACUCUUUGAAGAAGGCUCUCAUGAUGCGAGGCCUGAUCCCAGAAUGCUGUGCUGUCUACAGGAUUCAAGAUGGGGAGAAGAAGCCCAUUGGUUGGGACACAGACAUCUCUUGGUUGACAGGAGAGGAGCUGCAUGUGGAGGUUUUGGAGAAUGUGCCCCUGACAACCCAUAAUUUUGUGAGGAAGACCUUCUUUACGUUGGCCUUCUGUGACUUCUGCCGGAAGCUGCUGUUCCAGGGCUUCCGCUGCCAGACGUGUGGCUACAAGUUCCACCAGCGCUGCAGUACCGAGGUCCCGCUUAUGUGUGUCAACUAUGACCAGCUGGAUUUAUUACUGGCGUCCAAGUUCUUAGUGCACCACCCCAUUACCCAGGAGGAGGUGUCAUCGGAGGGCACCACCCCUGUGUCAGAAGUGUGUCCGUCCAUCCCGCCAUCUGACUCCACAGGAUCGCUGUGCCAUCCGAGUGUGUCCCCGUCCAAAUCCAUCCCCAUCCCACAGAGUUUCCGGCCAGGAGAGGAAGACCACCGUAACCAGUUUGGCCAGAGAGAUCGUUCUUCCUCAGCCCCCAACGUCCAUAUCAACACAAUCGAGCCAGUCAACAUUGAUGACUUGAUUCGUGAUCAAGGUUUGCAGAGAUCAGAAGGAGCCCCCCCGCCCCUCCCAGCUCGCUGCUUGAGGAAGCACAGAACGCGGACCUCUUCUCCCCUCCCAUACUCCUACCCCAAUGACAUUGUGUUUGAUUUUGAGCCUGAGCCUGUGUUCAGAGGCUCCACUACUGGGCUGUCAGCCACACCCCCUGCCUCCCUGCCUGGUUCCCUGACCAAUGUGAAGGUUCCGCAGAAGUCGCCCUGCCAACAGCGGGAGCGCAAGUCGUCGUCCUCGUCCGAGGACCGCAAUAAAAUGAAAACGCUGGGCCGACGGGACUCUAGUGACGACUGGGAGAUUCCAGAGGGUCAGAUCACUUUGGGCCAGCGGAUAGGAUCUGGUUCUUUUGGAACCGUCUACAAGGGGAAAUGGCACGGCGACGUGGCAGUAAAGAUGUUGAAUGUCACUGCACCUACUCCUCAACAGCUACAGGCCUUCAAGAAUGAAGUGGGGGUCCUCAGGAAAACUCGGCACGUCAAUAUUCUGCUCUUCAUGGGUUACACCACCAAGCCCCAGCUGGCUAUCGUCACACAGUGGUGCGAAGGCUCCAGCCUCUACCAUCACCUGCACAUUAUCGAGACCAAGUUUGAGAUGAUCAAACUGAUUGACAUCGCCCGCCAGACGGCCCAGGGCAUGGACUACCUUCAUGCCAAGUCUAUCAUUCAUAGAGAUCUGAAGAGCAACAAUAUCUUCUUACAUGAAGAUCUUACGGUUAAGAUUGGUGAUUUCGGUCUGGCCACAGUGAAGUCCCGCUGGAGUGGAUCACACCAGUUUGAGCAGCUGUCAGGCUCGAUCUUGUGGAUGGCUCCUGAGGUGAUCCGGCUUCAGGAUAAGAAUCCAUACAGCUUUCAGUCAGACGUCUACGCCUUUGGCAUCGUUCUGUAUGAGCUCAUGUCGGGGGCAUUGCCUUACUCCAACAUAAACAACAGAGACCAGAUCAUCUUCAUGGUGGGCCGGGGUUACCUGUCCCCUGACCUGAGCAAGGUGCGCAGCAACUGCCCCAAGGCCAUGAAGAGACUCAUGGCUGACUGCCUGAAGAAGAAGAGAGAGGAGCGGCCCCUCUUUCCUCAGAUCCUGGCCUCCAUUGAGCUUUUGGCACGCUCUCUACCCAAGAUCCACCGCAGCGCCUCUGAACCGUCCCUCAACCGCGCCGGCUUCCAGACCGAAGACUUCAGUCUGUACGCCUGCGCUUCUCCAAAAACACCCAUUCAGGCUGGAGGCUACGGAGAAUUUUCAGCGUUUAAGUAGUGCCACCAGCUCAACAGUCCAUCCCUCGUCACUUUUUAAAAAUGUCUUGUGUUCCUACAGUGGGUUCAUCCAUAAAAACAGAAAAAAACACCUAGUUUCAAAGAAUGUGCUGUUUUUCUUCCUCUUUACCUGAAGAGCAACGGUGUUGAUGGAAUCGCUAAAAAAAUAAAAACCUUUAAAAAAAAAAAUCAAAGAGUAAAAAAAAAAAAAAAGGAAAAAAAAAAA